UGCUGCUCCCGGCCCAUCCCACGGAACAGAGGCUGGUCGAAGAACCAGAGAGUGAAAAAAACAAUUCUUUCCUCCCCCAACCCACGAGAGCGAGGUGUUUUGACCGGAAAUCUUGCUGUGUGCCAACCUUAACUGCUACGAUCGAGGCGGAGGGAAGGUUCCACCUCCGUACAUGACGUCGAUGGAGCUGCUGGCCGGGAGAUCAUUCUUACCGGGCUCUGCCGGUGCGGCGGCGGCGGGCCGGGAUCGGAUAGGUGGGCCCUGUUUCGCCGCGAGCCUCGCGGUCGGGAGGCAGGGGAGCGGGCAGAGGAGGGGGUCGCUGAGGUCGACGGCGACGGUGGGAGCCCUGGCCGAGCGGGUCGUCGUGACGCCGGCGCCGGCGGAGAGGGCCGGGUCGGGGGCUGCGACGCCGGAGCCGCACCCGCAGAGCGUGGCGGCGCGGGCCGUGGUGACGGUGCGGCGGAGGCGGAAGGAGGACGCCAAGCAGCGGGUCGUCGAGCUGCUGGACGCGUACGCUGACAGGGUCGGCCGGAGCGUACUCCUCGAGCUCAUCAGCACGGAGACCGAUCCAAGUAAGACUUCCGCCCCCGCCGCCGCCGCCUCCGCGACGCGGCCGGCUCAUCUCGCCCUUGGAAUUCCACGUUGCGUUGCAUCUUCGAAUUGUACUAGAAAAGGGGGCCCCAAGAAGAGCAAGCGAUCCGGGCUGGUGGGCUGGUUCGAGAAGAAGGACGUCAAGGCGGAGCGGGUGGUGUACACGGCGGAGUUCACCGUCGACGCGGCCUUCGGCGAGCCGGGCGCGGUGACCGUGCUCAACCGGCACACGCGCGAGUUCUUCAUCGAGAGCAUCGUCGUCGAAGGCUUCCCAUCGGGCCCCGCGCACUUCACCUGCAACUCGUGGGUCCAGCCCAGCCGCGUGGACCGCAACCCGCGCGUGUUCUUUACCAACAAGCCGUACCUGCCGUCCGAGACUCCACCGGGGCUGCGGGAGCUCCGGCGGCAGGAGCUCACCCACCUGAGGGGCGACGGCGCCGGCGAGCGCAGGACCACCGAUCGGGUGUACGACUAUGACGUGUACAACGACCUCGGCCACCCGGACAAGGGCGCCGAGUUCGCGCGCCCCGUCCUCGGCGGCGAGCAGCUGCCGUACCCGCGGCGGAUGCGGACUGGCCGGCCCCGGACCGUCACAGGCAAGCGCGCGGAGAGCAGGGUGGAGUACCCGGAGCCCAUCUACGUGUCGCGGGAUGAGGAGUUCGAGGAGGGCAAGAACGAGAUGCUGUCGGAGGGCGCGCUCAAGGCGCUUCUCCAUAACUUCAUGCCGCUGCUGGUGAGCUCCGUGUCGCCGGACAUCCGGGACUUCGCCGGCUUCCACGACGUCGACAACCUCUUCAAGGAGGGCCUCCGGAUGAAGCAGGCGCUGCAGGACCAGCUGUUCCAGAAGAUCCCCUUCGUGCGCAAGAUUCAGGAGAACAGCGAGGGCCUCCUCCGCUACGAUACUCCCGACAUCAUCAAGAAGGACAAGUUCGCGUGGCUGCGCGACGACGAGUUCGCGCGGCAGGCGCUGGCUGGCAUCAACCCCGUCAACAUCGAGCGUCUUCAGGCGUUCCCGCCGGUUAGCAAGCUCGACCCAGCCGUGUACGGCCCGCCGGAGUCGGCCAUCAAAGAGGACCACAUCAUCGGGCAGCUCGACGGCAUGUCGGUGCAGCAGGCGCUGCAGGACAACAGGCUGUACAUGCUGGACUUCCACGACAUCUUCCUGCCGUUCCUGGACCGGAUCAAUUCGCAGGACGGGCGGAAGGCCUACGGCACGCGCACGCUCUUCUUCCUGACGGCCACGGGCACGCUGAAGCCCAUCGCGAUCGAGCUGUGCCUGCCGCCGAUGACCGACGUCUGCAAGCGCGCAAAGCGGGUGUUCACGCCGCCCACCGACGCAACCAGCAACUGGCUUUGGCAGCUCGCCAAGGCACACGUCUGCUCCAACGACGCCGGCGUCCACCAGCUCAUUAACCACUGGCUGAGGACGCACGCGUGCAUGGAGCCCUUCAUCAUCGCGGCGCACCGGCAGAUGAGCGCGAUGCACCCGAUCUUCAAGCUGCUCAAGCCGCACAUGCGGUACACGCUCAAGAUCAACGCGCUGGCGCGGCAGAUCCUCAUCAACGGCGACGGCGUCAUCGAGUCGGGCUUCACCCCUGGACGCUACUGCAUGGAGAUGAGCGCGUUCGCGUACCGGGAGCUCUGGCGGCUCGACCAGGAGGGCCUCCCCGCCGAUCUCAUCAGAAGAGGCAUGGCCGUGGAGGACCCGACGCAGCCGCACGGGAUCCGGCUGCUCAUCGAGGACUACCCGUACGCCACCGACGGGCUGCUCCUUUGGUCCGCCAUCUCGCGGUGGUGUGAUGCCUACGUGGCGGUCUACUACCCGGAUGACGUGGCCGUGCAAGGCGACCGCGAGCUGCAGUCGUGGUACACCGAGGCCGUGCAGACGGGCCACGAAGACAAGCGCGACGCGCCCUGGUGGCCGCGCCUCUCGACGCCCUCCGACCUCGCGUCCCUGCUCACAACGCUGCUGUGGCUCACCUCGGCGCAGCACGCGGCGCUCAACUUCGGGCAGUACCCGCUGGGCGGGUACAUCCCGAACCGUCCGCCGCUGAUGCGGCGGCUGGUGCCGGCCGAGGGCGACCCGGAGUACGCGCACCUGGUGGCGGACCCGCACCGGUUCUUCCUCUCGGCGCUGCCCAGCCUGACGCAGACCACAACGUUCAUGACGGUCAUCGACACGCUGUCCACGCACUCCGCCGACGAGGAGUACCUCGGGGAGCGCCCCGACGAGGAGUGGACGGCGGACCCAACCGCGCUGGCUGCCGCGCGCGAGUUCGCGGACGACGUGCGCCGCGCCGAGGAGGAGAUGGAGCGGCGCAACGCCGACACGGCACGGCGCAACCGGUGCGGCGCCGGCGUGCUGCCGUACGAGCUCAUGGCGCCGUCGUCAGGGCCGGGCAUCACCUGCCGAGGCGUUCCGAACAGCGUCACCAUUUAGCCUCAGUUCGGCCAUGGUCAGAUAACGAGAUGAUUUGCAGUGGAAAUUUUCCACGCAUUAUACUCGGGCGGCAAAAAAUCUAAGUAGGAGCAAAUGAUUUUUGCUUUGGUUCUCAUGGGCAAAUUUCCAUUGAUUUGGGUAAGAAUAGGAGGAACUUGAUUUUUGACAAGGGGAUGGAGGCAGCUGAUAAUGUAGAAUUGGUGUAAAUAACUUGUCAUAUAUAUAGAAAAACAAUCAAUGGAAAUACGAAUAUAUAGAGUUCUCUGGCA